UCGGAGCGGGCGGGUGCAGCAGCCGAGGGCGCGGCGUGCAGGGCGAACCCGGGAGCGGUGGCGGCGCGGCCCGCAUGACCCACCGCCGCGCCCCGUGCGCCCGCGAACCCGCGCCCGGCCCAGCCGCAGGAUGCGCGCCCCUCCGCUGUUGCUGCUCCUGGCCGCCUGUACGCCGCCGCCCUGCGCCGCGGCCUCUCCGACGCCACCGGGCUGGGAGCCAGCCCCCGACGCACCCUGGUGCCCAUACAAGGUGCUGCCCGAGGGCUCCGAGGCGGGCGGCGGGCGCCUGUGCUUCCGUAGCCCCGCGCGCGGUUUCCGCUGCCAGGCGCCCGGCUGCGUAGCGCACGCCUCGGCCGGCCACUCGCUGCGCGCCGGCGUCCUGCGCAACCACAGCGUGCUGCUGCAGUGGCGCUUGGCGCCGGCCGAGGCGCGCCGUGUGCGCGCCUUCGCGCUCAACUGCUCGUGGCGCGGCACCUACACGCGCUUCCCGUGCGAGCGCGUGUUGCUCGGGGCCUCUUGCCGCGACUAUCUGCUGCCCGACGUGCACGACGGUGUGCGCUACCGCCUGUGCCUGCAGCUGCUACCGCUACGCGCUGAGCCCACCGCCGCGUCGGAGCCCGCGGAGUGCGUGGAGUUCGUAGCUGAGCCGCCCGGCAUGCGGGAGAUUGUGGUGGCCAUGACGGCGGUGGGUGGCUCCAUCUGCGUCAUGCUUGUGGUCAUCUGCCUGCUGGUGGCCUACAUUACCGAGAACCUCAUGCGCCCGGCCUUCGGGCGCCCCGGCUUACGCAGGCAUCCCUGAGGCCUCAGCCGGCCCAACGGCGCCUAAAACCCUAGGCUCUCCUCCCGCCUUCCGCUCAUUACUGCUGUCUCAAGAUUCUCAUGGAUUCUCAUGGAGGGCCUGCUGGAGACCGUUGGGAUGGGACCUUGGGAUCGUCGCACGCUUUCCCAGCGGGGAAUUCGCCUUCCAGACUCUGGCUCCAGCUCGGCCCCUGUGCCAGGGCUGCAGCGCUCGCCAAAUCUAGGGCUCUCCCGGCUCUCCAGAGGCCUUUAUAUGGGCGGCUAGGACAUACGGCCCCUUCUAGCAAGAGCCAUUGGCAUCCUUGAUCGUCACCCUGCACUUGCAUCCUGGGCCAAGUUGUCAAAGGCAGGCUGUUGUCAUUGCUUGGUCACUGUGUGCUUUGCGAGGAUGAAGGGGCCACACCUUGGCGCCUGUAUGACCUCUACCCGCUCUCCCUGCGCCACCCCAGUGGGCUUAGGUUAGCUUCGUGCCUUAGUUAUCUCCGGCCCCCUGCUGUUCAGGGAGGUCUGUGGCCCUGAGAUUGACCAACAUGUCUGUGCAUCUGGCCACUGUCUCCUCGGGACACCACCCUUGAGCACUGCAGGAGCAUGUGGUGAGGAGACACAGUCUCACUUUGUUGCCCUGGUAGAGUGCAGUGGCAUCACACAGUUCACAGCAACCUCCAACUCCUGGGCUUAGGCGAUUCUCUUGCCUCAGCCUCCUGAGCAGCUGGGACUAAAUAUCUUUUCGUUAGCCUCCUCUGUUUAUUUAGACUGACAAUCUCCACCAUUCCUUUGCCCCUCCUCCCCACUGUUGCAUUCCUGUAGCAAAAUACCCGCCCAACUCGAGCCCGCUUUCAGGCAGCUAGGCGCGGCUGGAUUCAAUCAACGCGUUGACCAGAUUCACCCUAAUACCUCGAUCCCCAAACUCAAGCGAGCCUAUAAGGACCCAGUUCCAAGCAGGUCU